CAUGUGUGAGCGUGCCUGUGUGUGUGUGCAUAUUUGAAAUUAUGUUUGCAUAAAGCGAAGCAAAUUUAUUUGCAUUUUUUAUGCCCAUGUAGCCGCUCUCCACCUGUACAGCACCACAUACCACUCACACACACACACACAGAGAGAGAGAAUUUACGUGUUACAUUUACAUUUGCCACUUGGCACAGUGAGUGAAGAACAAAAGCGGAAGAGCAACCGACACAAAAUGGAGUCCAGCCCAAUGAAAUGCACACCGCUCAUCUUGUGCCUCAUCAUUGGCAUCCUGCAUCUCCAGGGAAUCGAGGCGCACGAGCACAGCGACGGCUACAGACCAGAUGGUGACAUUCUGCGCGUUCUGGUCAACAACUCGGCGCAAAUCAAGUGCGAUGUCAGCUCCAACUUGCCGGACGACAAGGUGCUGCUCGUCGUUUGGUACAAGAACAAUUUGCCCAUCUACAGCUAUGACACCCGGGGCGCCCACGCGGGCACGCCCUCGCACUGGAGAGAUGAGGAGGUACUCGAGGAUCGCGCCGUCUUUCGCACGCACAAGGAGCCCGCGGAACUGAUUAUAAGUCCGGUCAAGGAAAAGGAUGCGGGCAACUUUCGCUGUCGCGUGGACUUCAAGCUGUCGCAAACCAGGAACAGCAACGUCAACUUGGAAGUCGUGGUGCCCCCGCAUCAGCCGAACAUUUACAAUGAGCGUCGCAUGCGCAUCGAUUCCCGAGCAGGACCCUACGAGGAGGGCGGCAGCCUGGAGGUAACCUGCGUUGUCUAUGGCGGCUCGCCGCCGCCGACUGUCACCUGGCUGAUGAAUGGACAGCUGCAGAAUAGCGUCGUCGAUUACACAUACGACGGCACCAUCAACAGCAAAUUGGUGGUGCGGAACUUGUCACGCAUCCACCAGCAUGCGGUCUACACGUGCCAGGCGAGCAAUUUCCACAAGAAGCAUGUGGCCACCAAUAUAACGAUUGAGCUCUAUUUGCGUCCACUUCUGGUAGAAAUCAGCUUCAACAAUCAGCCCAUGUCAGCUGACCGUAAAUACGAGAUUGAGUGCCAGGCAAUCGGAUCAAGGCCGCCGGCAAAAAUUACCUGGUGGAUGGGCAAUUUGGAGAUGCACGGCCACAGCCAGAAGGUCACCGAGGAUGGCAAUGCCAGCACCUCCAUUCUCUCCAUCACCCCAACGCGGGAGGACCACGGCAAAGCGUUGUCAUGUCGCGCCACCAACGAGCUGGUGCGCAACGGCAUACGAGAGACGGCCAUGAAACUGAAUGUCUUCUUUAUACCCACCUUGCAGCUGGACCUGGGCUCGAACCUAAAUCCGGAGGAUAUCGAGGAAGGCGAUGAUGUUUAUUUCGAGUGUAAAGUGCAUGCAAAUCCCGCCGCUUAUAAAGUUGUCUGGAAGCAUAAUAAUCAAAUCAUCCAGCAUAAUCAGCGGGCCGGCGUCAUUGUGAGCAGCGGAGAUCUGGCGCUGCAGGGCGUGACCCGUCACCAGGCUGGGAACUACACGUGCACCGCCUCCAAUGUGGAAGGAGACGGCGACUCGAACAUAGUCGAGCUGAAAGUGAUGUAUAAACCAAUUUGCCGGCCCGAUCAAAAGAAAAUCUAUGGCGUAGCCCGCAGCGAGUCGGCCGAAAUCGUUUGCGAAGUGGACGCCUUUCCGCCACCCGAGAACUUCAAGUGGUCCUUCAACAACACCGCGGAGACCUUCGAUAUGCCGCAAAGCGGCUUCCGGCCCCACUCAGCCCAGGGCUCCACGCUUACCUACACUCCAGUCAAGGAAAUGGACUUUGGCACCAUCAUGUGCUGGGCGGACAACAAUGUAGGCCAACAAAAGGAGCCCUGUGUGUUCCAUUUGAUAGCGGCGGGCAAGCCGGAAGCGCCCACCAAUUGUACCGUGGUCAAUCAAACGUCCGACUCAUUGGAGGUCUACUGUCUCGAAGGCUUUGAUGGUGGCAUGCGUCAAUGGUUCAUGAUGGAAAUCUAUGAUCAACACAAUGGCAUGCUGCAGGCCAACAUCAGCGCCAAGUUCGCCGUGUUCAGUGUGAGCGGCCUGGAUGCGGGUCGUCUCUUUCGAAUCUAUAUCUACGCUGCCAAUGGACGCGGCCGCAGUGAAGCCGUGCCCUUGGAUGGCUACACUCUGAAGGCUGCCGAGAAGCAAACUGUUGCAUUGACCUCGUACAAGGGCAGCGCCCAGGGCCCCAACAGCUUCGAGCUGACGCCCAUCCUAUCCAUUGGCAUAUUUGUGGGCAUUCUGGUGGCUCUGGUCUGCAUUGGAAUCGGCACCGUCGCCGCGCUGAAGCUGCGCUCGCACAAGCAUCAGCAGCAGCAGAAGUUCGCACACUCGAAUGCGAAAUUCUCACGUCCGGGCAAUUUGCAAAUUAAGGAUAAGAUCUCAUUGCCAUUGAGCCACUCCGAGGAGAUGUACGACGAGAAGAAUCCCGAUGUCGUGCCCUACAACGAGGUUGAUGGCGAAUAUAAACAAAAAUCAGCAACACAAACGCCAUCGGGACAUCUUUCAACAACCAGCGAGGUGGAAAUCAGCUGCAAGCCAGGCGCCACAGCCGGCGUGAGCGCCAGCGUCGCCGCCUCCUGCUCGACGGACAGCGGCGCCUAUCAGAGCAGCAAGGACGACGAGCUGCACUAUGCGGAACUUGCGCUGAACACCGCCAGCACCUCCAAGAAGAACCAGCCCGCUUUGACAACCCAGCAGCAGCAGCAACCGCCACAGCAAUCGCAGUCACAGUCACAGUCGCAGUCGCAGCCAGUCGUGGGUGGCACCUUGCCACAUGGCUCCAGUAUGCGCAAGCUGUUGCCCAACAUACCGGCCACGGCCACGCUGCAGCGCCACAAGCCGAAUGCGGGCGGGCUGCAGCAUCCGCACCAGCAUGCACCGGCGCACUCGUACGACUAUUUCGAGGAGCCCACGAUAUAUGCACAGAUAGAUGCAUAUAAGACGCGGGCCGGGGCAAUGGCGGUCAUGCAGGUGGACACGGCGGCCGGGUCGGCGUUUGGGCAGUGCGUCUCAUCGCCAGGAUCGCAGGGGACGCCCUCGACCGUGUCUCCGGGCACGGUGCAAAUGUAUACGCUGCCCUCGCAUCCCGGCGGCUAUCACACCCUGCCGCACAAUCACCAGCAGCAGCAGCAGCCGCCGCACAGCUCCUCCUCCAUGAUGCAAAUGAUGCAUCAACAGUUGCAUCAUCAUCCAGCUGGCAACAUGCCCAUGCCGCCCUCCUACCAGCAACACCAACAGCAGCAACAGCAGCAGCAGCAACAACAACAACAGCAGCAACAGCAACUGGCACAUGGCCAAAUGCUCGUCUCGAGCAAUAGCAGCGGACUGGCCUCCACGGCAGCCAUCGCCAGUCCCAGCAGCUCCCUCUCCGGGCUGUCCGGCGUGGGCAAGUCCUACUCACGCGAAAUUGUUACGGUGCGGACACCGUUGAUGUUCUCGCAGCAGGAGAGCUGCGUCUAAGCGAGGAGAGC